AUGUUUGAAAUAAAGGAGUGCCUGGCAGUACAGGUUUAUUCAGGAGAUAACAUAGGCAGCGCAAUAGCAAGCUGCAAUGAGGACAGGUGGUCGUGGUUCGUCUGCAAGUUGGCCUGCAUUCCAGAUCAGUUCCGAUGCGAUGGAUUCUGGCACUGCCCAGAUGGCUCAGACGAAAACAAAUGCCCUUGUCAUCAUAUUUCUGCACUCAAUGUAGGCUUUUUUCCACCAGCUAUCAUAGACAUUGACUCGGAAGGUGUGCUGAGAGGAGUGAAGCCACUGAUUACGACAAGCGAACCUCUGUGUCCUGAAACCCACUUCCAGUGUCCAGGAGUUGACAUUUACUGUCUGCCCGUCUAUGUUCGCUGUAAUGGUGUCUUUGACUGUCCUGGUAAACAGGACGAGACGGCGUGUGACACCUACACCUGUCCCGGCUACUACCGCUGCCGCUCGUCACACGUCUGCCUGCACCCUGAUCACGUGUGUGACGGUUGGUCACAGUGUCCUGAGGGAGACGACGAGCUUCUGUGUGGCUUUUCUUGUCCUGACACGUGUGUGUGUCACGGACUGGCCUUCACCUGCACGGCAAGGUUUGCAGCAUCCAGUUACCUGGAACUGAGGUAUCUUGACGCAAGUGGCUCGGGGAUGACCCCCAGAGAUGUUGUCAAUAACACCAUGAUUGUUUAUCUCAGCUUUAAUAAUUGUAGCAUUAGUGUUCUCGGCGAAAUGUACUUUGUUAAUCUUCAAAUACUUGAACUUCGUGACAACUAUAUUACCUCAUUCAGUUCUAGUAUAUUCGAAAAACUACAUAAUCUGAGAUCCUUACGUCUUGCAGGACGUAAAAUAUCACAUCUAAGCAAUCGAGAAAAAGGCUUGCGGGCAUUGCGAGAACAGAUUCCACAUGAAGAGAAACAGCAGCGAGCCAAAGAUGAGAUCUGA